AUGGCUGACUGGUUGAGGGUGGUGUUGAACGACGCUCCAGGAGGGGACGGUCCGAGAGGUGUGCUGGAUGGCACCCCGGGUGCAGGUGGAGCGAAAGAGGCGCCCGGUGUCUCCCCUGGAGUGGGUGGGGCGGAGGAAGAGGCGCCUGGUGUCGCUCCGGAAGCGGGUGGAGCGGGUGAGGCGGAGGAAGAGGUGUCCGGUGUUGCCCCGGGAGCGGGUGGAGCGGUGGAAGAGGCGCCCUGUGUCGCUCCGGAAGCGGGUUGGGCGGAUGAAGAGGUGCCUAGUGGCGCUCUAGAAGCAGGUGGGGCGGAGGAAGAGGUGCCCGGUGUCGCUCCGGGGGUGGGUGGGGCGGAGGAAGAGGCGCCUUGUGUCGCUCCGGGAGCAGGUGAGGCGGAGGAAGAGGUGUCUGGUGUCACUCCGGGAGCAGAUGGGGCGGAGGAAGAAAUGUGCAGUGUCUCUCCGGGAGCGGAUGGGGCGGAAGAAGAGGUGCCCGGUGUCGCUCCAGGAGCGGGUGGUGAAGAGGAAAAGGUCCCCGGUGUUCUUCCGGGAACGGAUGGGGCUAGGGCAGAGGUGCCCGGUGUCGUUCGGGAAGUGGGUCGGAAGGAGGAAGAUGUUCCCAGUGUCUUUCCCGGAGUGGGUGGGCCGGAGGAGGAGGUACCCUGCGGCGUUUCGGAGGCAGGUGGAGCGGAAGCAGAGCCCGGUGGCGCUCCGCGAGUGUACUGGGUUGGCGGGGUGCCUGGUCUUGGUCUGGAAUUGGAUCCCGGUUUCGGUUCAGGAGGCGAUUGUGAGCUCGCCUCGGUGGAGUUCUCGAUGAUGCUUUUGGUCACGAUAACCGGUCCGCGUGUCUGGAGGCGAAGGAGUGUCAGUCCCGCGAACGCCAUCGUGACGACCAAGCAACUCAGGACCACGGGACGGACGAUGUGCAUUAUUCCAUGGCCUGCGGUCGCCUUGACCGCGCCCUCCUGCACGCGACAAAAAGGAAGGCAGUAA